AUGCGCUCGUGGUUGGCUGUGGUGAGUAUUCUAUGUUUCGACUCUCCUGGAAUAACCGAAAAAUGCGACAAGCAUGACUCAUCAGAAAGUCCGGGAUACAAACUCGCAUCAGAAAUGCUCACGAAGUCCAUCAACUUCUCGGUUGAUCCAUGCGUGGAUUUUUUCGAGUUCACUUGUGGCAACUGGAUCGCCGCUCAUCCGAUUCCUGACGACGAAACCUUCCGCACACAAGCACACGUAGUCUCAGAUAAAGUCCUAGAACAAAUGAGAGAUGCAUUUGAGUCGCCAGAGAUCUUCGCUUCGAAAUCCAUGAAUGCCCUGAAGUCUAUAUACCACAAAUGUAUGGACGAAAAGGAACUUAACAGGAUCGGGCCCAAACAGCUUCUGCAGACCAUUAAGGCAUGUUUUCUGCAAGCCUUUCCGAACAGUUCUUGGGCUCAGUGA